UUCGGCUAUUCGUUUUUUCUGUUUUUGUUUCUGAUGAACACUUUAUCUUUUUCCAGUAACUUGAGAUUUAACUAAAAAUCCUUCUAAAACAAAUUAGGCGCUUUUCUUUUCUUCCUAUUCGGUAAACCCUUAGAAAAACCCCAGUAAACGUCUACUUCCUCAUUUCUGUUCCGAUCUUCUUUCCUUCCUCAGUAUGGUUUUCUUAAAUCGGUCUCCAUCAGAAAUUCGGAAGAAUUACAAAAUUCCAGAACAAGUCGAGUUCCAUUCACUGAACAAAUUAGCAGAGAUUCCAUCAACAAAUUCAACUUGCAUUACAAUCGGUCAGCUUGAUGCGGGUUUAAAAAUCCCUUUAUAUCAUCCUGAUCGUCCACUACAAUUCGAAGUUCUUCGUUUACUUUCUAGGGCACCUGGUCAGAUGAAUGGGAAUUUCUAUAGAAUCAUAAGUGCUUUUGAAGAAUACAAUAGAAAGAAUCCUUCAAAGAAAUGUUCAGCUACUGAAAUUGUUCAACUUCAUUCUGAAUCUUUAGCUGAAAGUAACCCUAAUUGUUUCUUCAUUCGUAAACAUAGAAAUGCAGUUCUUCCGAUUCCGGAUGUUGCUGUUAAAAAUGAUAGUAGUUGGUAUAAAUAUCCUAUUUCAAUCUCUGGGGAUUGGAUUCACGAUCCUAAAUAUCCUAUUCCUAAAGGAAUUCCUUACAGUCCUUGGGUUUGGAGGAAAGAAAUCAUUCUCAAAUCUGAUUCUAAAAACCUCAAGAUUAAAUCUCCUCAGUUUUUCUCUCCAGAGAAGUUUGCAGUAACGGCAACAACGGACCAUAAAUCUAAUAGCUCGAUUGCGAUAAUUGGUGGUGAAGAAACUGAUUCAGAUGAUACACUGCGAACAUUUAAGCGCAAGAAAAGGACUGAAAGGUCUAAAACUUCGUCAUUAGAAGAUAUAAUGGUGACUGAUUUGAUUUGGGGAGGAGUUGACAAAUAUUGUAAAAAUGUAGGAAAAUUAGCUGAUGGUAGUAGUGUUAAGAAAGCAGUGGGGAUGGAGAAAAGAUUGGAAGAAUCAGAAAAAAGGGUAGAAUCAAUGGUAUUGAAAUUGAAAGAAUUGUCUAACGAAAAGUAUGAUUUGAAAGAUGAAUUAGAGAAAGAGAAGCAGAAGAACAAGCAACUGUUGUGUGAAAAAGAAGUUGAAAUGGAGAAUUUAAAGAGAAGUUAUGAAAAGCAAUUAGAAGAGAAGGAUUUAAAAUUUGCUAGAGAGAAAGAAAUCAUUGCAGAAGUAGCAGCUGAGAAGAAGAGUUUGGAAUUACUUCAGAAUUUUCAAGCUCGGUUCAACGAUAAUCUGGCUCGAAUUCUUGAUGAACUUGAAAGCAAAGGUAUUGUUAAGCAAUUGAUGAAGCUGAAAGAAACUUGAACUGUUUUAUCAAUUCUCAGUUCUGUACCAUCUCGGAAUGAAUGAAAUCAAAUGUUCUAUUUCAAGUUUA